AUGGCCGCCGUGUACAAGGUCUGGCGGGGCCCGGGUCCCGUGGCUCGGACCGAAAGCGCCGUCUCCGCAGCGGCGGUGGUUUCAAUGGUCUCUGCAGCGGCGGUGGUUUCAGUGGUCUCUGCGGCGGUGGUUUCAAUGGUCUCUGCUGCGGCGGUGGUUUCAGUGGUCUCAGCAGCGGCGGUGGUUUCAAUGGUCUCUGCAGCGGCGGUGGUUUCAGUGGUCUCUGCGGCGGUGGUUUCGAUGGUCUCUGCUGCGGCGGUGGUUUCAAUGGUCUCAGCAGCGGCGGUGGUUUCAAUGGUCUCUGCAGCGGCGGUGGUUUCAGUGGUCUCUGCGGCGGUGGUUUCGAUGGUCUCUGCGGCGGCGGUGGUUUCAGUGGUCUCUGCGGCGGUGGUUUCGAUGGUCUCUGCGGCGGUGGUUUCAGUGGUCUCUGCUGCGGUGGUUUCGAUGGUCUCUGCGGCGGUGGUUUCAGUGGUCUCUGCGGCGGUGGUUUCGAUGGUCUCUGCGGCGGUGGUUUCAGUGGUCUCUGCUGCGGUGGUUUCGAUGGUCUCUGCGGCGGUGGUUUCAGUGGUCUCUGCGGCGGUGGUUUCGAUGGUCUCUGCGGCGGUGGUUUCAGUGGUCUCUGCGGCGGUGGUUUCAAUGGUCUCUGCGGCGGUGGUUUCAGUGGUCUCUGCUGCGGCGGUGGUUUCAGUGGUCUCAGCAGCGGUGGAGGUUUCAAUGGUCUCUGCAGCGGUGGUUUCAAUGGUCUCUGCGGCGGCGGUGGUUUCAGUGGUCUCAGCAGCGGCGGUGGUUUCAAUGGUCUCUGCUGCGGCGGUGGUUUCGAUGGUCUCAGCAGCGGCGGUGGUUUCAAUGGUCUCUGCAGCGGCGGUGGUUUCAGUGGUCUCUGCGGCGGUGGUUUCAGUGGUCUCAGCAGCGGCGGUGGUUUCAAUGGUCUCAGCAGCGGCGGUGGUUUCGAUGGUCUCUGCGGCGGUGGUUUCAGUGGUCUCUGCGGCGGCGGUGGUUUCAGUGGUCUCUGCGGCGGUGGUUUCAGUGGUCUCUGCGGCGGUGGUUUCAGUGGUCUCUGCGGCGGCGGUGGUUUCAGUGGUCUCUGCGGCGGUGGUUUCAGUGGUCUCAGCAGCGGCGGUGGUUUCAAUGGUCUCAGCAGCGGCGGUGGUUUCGAUGGUCUCUGCGGCGGUGGUUUCAGUGGUCUCUGCGGCGGCGGUGGUUUCAGUGGUCUCUGCGGCGGUGGUUUCAGUGGUCUCUGCGGCGGUGGUUUCAGUGGUCUCUGCGGCGGCGGUGGUUUCAGUGGUCUCUGCGGCGGUGGUUUCAGUGGUCUCUGCGGCGGCAGUGGUUUCAGUGGUUUCAGUGGUCUCUGCGGCGGCGGUGGUUUCAGUGGUCUCUGCAGCGGCGGUGGUUUCAGUGGUCUCUGCAGCGGCGGUGGUUUCAGUGGUCUCAGCAGCGGCGGUGGUUUCAAUGGUCUCUGCGGCGGCGGUGGUUUCAGUGGUUUCGAUGGUCUCUGCGGCGGCGGUGGUUUCAAUGGUCUCUGCGGCGGCGGUGGUUUCAGUGGUCUCUGCGGCGGUGGUUUCGAUGGUCUCUGCGGCGGCGGUGGUUUCAGUGGUCUCUGCGGCGGUGGUUUCAAUGGUCUCUGCGGCGGUGGUUUCGAUGGUCUCUGCAGCGGCGGUGGUUUCAGUGGUCUCUGCGGCGGUGGUUUCGAUGGUCUCUGCGGCGGCGGUGGUUUCAGUGGUCUCUGCGGCGGUGGUUUCGAUGGUCUCUGCGGCGGCGGUGGUUUCAGUGGUCUCUGCGGCGGUGGUUUCAGUGGUCUCUGCGGCGGUGGUUUUGAUGGUCUCUGCGGCGGCGGUGGUUUCAGUGGUCUCUGCGGCGGUGGUUUCAAUGGUCUCUGCGGCGGUGGUUUCGAUGGUCUCUGCAGCGGCGGUGGUUUCAGUGGUCUCUGCGGCGGUGGUUUCGAUGGUCUCUGCGGCGGCGGUGGUUUCAGUGGUCUCUGCGGCGGUGGUUUCAGUGGUCUCUGCGGCGGUGGUUUCAGUGGUCUCUGCAGCGGCGGUGGUUUCAGUGGUCUCUGCAGCGGUGGUUUCGAUGGUCUCUGCGGCGACGGUGGUUUCAGUGGUCUCUGCGGCGGUGGUUUCGAUGGUCUCUGCAGCGGCGGUGGUUUCAGUGGUCUCUGCGGCGGUGGUUUCGAUGGUCUCUGCGGCGGCGGUGGUUUCAGUGGUCUCUGCGGCGGUGGUUUCGAUGGUCUCAGCAGCGGCGGUGGUUUCAAUGGUCUCUGCGGCUACGGUGGUUUCAAUGGUCUCUGCGGCGGCGGUGGUUUCAGUGGUCUCUGCAGCGGCGGUGGUUUCAGUGGUCUCAGCAGCGGCGGUGGUUUCAAUGGUCUCUGCGGCGGCGGUGGUUUCAGUGGUCUCUGCGGCGGUGGUUUCAAUGGUCUCUGCAGCGGCGGUGGUUUCAGUGGUCUCUGCGGCGGCAGUGGUUUCAGUGGUCUCUGCGGCGGCGGUGGUUUCAGUGGUCUCAGCAGCGGCGGUGGUUUCAGUGGUCUCAGCAGCGGCGGUGGUUUCAAUGGUCUCUGCGGCGGCGGUGGUUUCAGUGGUUUCGAUGGUCUCUGCGGCGGCGGUGGUUUCAAUGGUCUCUGCAGCGGCGGUGGUUUCAAUGGUCUCUGCGGCGGUGGUUUCAGUGGUCUCUGCGGCGGCGGUGGUUUCAGUGGUCUCUGCGGCGGUGGUUUCGAUGGUCUCUGCGGCGGCGGUGGUUUCAGUGGUCUCUGCGGCGGUGGUUUCAAUGGUCUCUGCGGCGGUGGUUUCGAUGGUCUCUGCAGCGGCGGUGGUUUCAGUGGUCUCUGCGGCGGUGGUUUCGAUGGUCUCUGCGGCGGCGGUGGUUUCAGUGGUCUCUGCGGCGGUGGUUUCAAUGGUCUCUGCGGCGGUGGUUUCGAUGGUCUCUGCAGCGGCGGUGGUUUCAGUGGUCUCUGCGGCGGUGGUUUCGAUGGUCUCUGCGGCGGCGGUGGUUUCAGUGGUCUCUGCGGCGGUGGUUUCGAUGGUCUCUGCGGCGGCGGUGGUUUCAGUGGUCUCUGCGGCGGUGGUUUCAAUGGUCUCUGCGGCGGUGGUUUCGAUGGUCUCAGCAGCGGCGGUGGUUUCAAUGGUCUCUGCGGCGGCGGUGGUUUCAGUGGUCUCUGCAGCGGCGGUGGUUUCAGUGGUCUCAGCAGCGGCGGUGGUUUCAAUGGUCUCUGCGGCGGCGGUGGUUUCAGUGGUCUCUGCAGCGGCGGUGGUUUCAGUGGUCUCUGCGGCGGUGGUUUCAGUGGUCUCUGCGGCGGUGGUUUCAGUGGUCUCUGCAGCGGCGGUGGUUUCAGUGGUCUCUGCGGCGGUCGUUUCGAUGGUCUCUGCGGCGGCGGUGGUUUCAAUGGUCUCUCAGCGGCGGUGGUUUCAAUGGUCUCUGCAGCGGCGGUGGUUUCAAUGGUCUCUGCGGCGGCGGUGGUUUUCAAUGGUCUCUGCAGCGGCGGUGGUUUCAAUGGUCUCUGCAGCGGCGGUGGUUUCGAUGGUCUCAGCAGCGGCGGUGGUUUUAAUGGUCUCUGCAGCUGCGGUGGUUUCAGUGGUCUCUGCGGCGGUCGUUUCGAUGGUCUCUGCGGCUGUGGUUUCAGUGGUCUCUGCGGCGGUGGUUUCGAUGGUCUCUGCAGCGGCGGUGGUUUCAGUGGUCUCUGCGGCGGUGGUUUCAAUGGUCUCUGCUGCGGCGGUGGUUUCAGUGGUCUCAGCAGCGGCGGUGGUUUCAAUGGUCUCUGCAGCGGCGGUGGUUUCAGUGGUCUCUGCGGCGGUGGUUUCGAUGGUCUCUGCUGCGGCGGUGGUUUCAAUGGUCUCAGCAGCGGCGGUGGUUUCAAUGGUCUCUGCAGCGGCGGUGGUUUCAGUGGUCUCUGCGGCGGUGGUUUCGAUGGUCUCUGCGGCGGCGGUGGUUUCAGUGGUCUCUGCGGCGGUGGUUUCGAUGGUCUCUGCGGCGGUGGUUUCAGUGGUCUCUGCUGCGGUGGUUUCGAUGGUCUCUGCGGCGGUGGUUUCAGUGGUCUCUGCGGCGGUGGUUUCGAUGGUCUCUGCGGCGGUGGUUUCAGUGGUCUCUGCUGCGGUGGUUUCGAUGGUCUCUGCGGCGGUGGUUUCAGUGGUCUCUGCGGCGGUGGUUUCGAUGGUCUCUGCGGCGGUGGUUUCAGUGGUCUCUGCGGCGGUGGUUUCAAUGGUCUCUGCGGCGGUGGUUUCAGUGGUCUCUGCUGCGGCGGUGGUUUCAGUGGUCUCAGCAGCGGUGGAGGUUUCAAUGGUCUCUGCAGCGGUGGUUUCAAUGGUCUCUGCGGCGGCGGUGGUUUCAGUGGUCUCAGCAGCGGCGGUGGUUUCAAUGGUCUCUGCUGCGGCGGUGGUUUCGAUGGUCUCAGCAGCGGCGGUGGUUUCAAUGGUCUCUGCAGCGGCGGUGGUUUCAGUGGUCUCUGCGGCGGUGGUUUCAGUGGUCUCAGCAGCGGCGGUGGUUUCAAUGGUCUCAGCAGCGGCGGUGGUUUCGAUGGUCUCUGCGGCGGUGGUUUCAGUGGUCUCUGCGGCGGCGGUGGUUUCAGUGGUCUCUGCGGCGGUGGUUUCAGUGGUCUCUGCGGCGGUGGUUUCAGUGGUCUCUGCGGCGGCGGUGGUUUCAGUGGUCUCUGCGGCGGUGGUUUCAGUGGUCUCAGCAGCGGCGGUGGUUUCAAUGGUCUCAGCAGCGGCGGUGGUUUCGAUGGUCUCUGCGGCGGUGGUUUCAGUGGUCUCUGCGGCGGCGGUGGUUUCAGUGGUCUCUGCGGCGGUGGUUUCAGUGGUCUCUGCGGCGGUGGUUUCAGUGGUCUCUGCGGCGGCGGUGGUUUCAGUGGUCUCUGCGGCGGUGGUUUCAGUGGUCUCUGCGGCGGCAGUGGUUUCAGUGGUUUCAGUGGUCUCUGCGGCGGCGGUGGUUUCAGUGGUCUCUGCAGCGGCGGUGGUUUCAGUGGUCUCUGCAGCGGCGGUGGUUUCAGUGGUCUCAGCAGCGGCGGUGGUUUCAAUGGUCUCUGCGGCGGCGGUGGUUUCAGUGGUUUCGAUGGUCUCUGCGGCGGCGGUGGUUUCAAUGGUCUCUGCGGCGGCGGUGGUUUCAGUGGUCUCUGCGGCGGUGGUUUCGAUGGUCUCUGCGGCGGCGGUGGUUUCAGUGGUCUCUGCGGCGGUGGUUUCAAUGGUCUCUGCGGCGGUGGUUUCGAUGGUCUCUGCAGCGGCGGUGGUUUCAGUGGUCUCUGCGGCGGUGGUUUCGAUGGUCUCUGCGGCGGCGGUGGUUUCAGUGGUCUCUGCGGCGGUGGUUUCGAUGGUCUCUGCGGCGGCGGUGGUUUCAGUGGUCUCUGCGGCGGUGGUUUCAGUGGUCUCUGCGGCGGUGGUUUUGAUGGUCUCUGCGGCGGCGGUGGUUUCAGUGGUCUCUGCGGCGGUGGUUUCAAUGGUCUCUGCGGCGGUGGUUUCGAUGGUCUCUGCAGCGGCGGUGGUUUCAGUGGUCUCUGCGGCGGUGGUUUCGAUGGUCUCUGCGGCGGCGGUGGUUUCAGUGGUCUCUGCGGCGGUGGUUUCAGUGGUCUCUGCGGCGGUGGUUUCAGUGGUCUCUGCAGCGGCGGUGGUUUCAGUGGUCUCUGCAGCGGUGGUUUCGAUGGUCUCUGCGGCGACGGUGGUUUCAGUGGUCUCUGCGGCGGUGGUUUCGAUGGUCUCUGCAGCGGCGGUGGUUUCAGUGGUCUCUGCGGCGGUGGUUUCGAUGGUCUCUGCGGCGGCGGUGGUUUCAGUGGUCUCUGCGGCGGUGGUUUCGAUGGUCUCAGCAGCGGCGGUGGUUUCAAUGGUCUCUGCGGCUACGGUGGUUUCAAUGGUCUCUGCGGCGGCGGUGGUUUCAGUGGUCUCUGCAGCGGCGGUGGUUUCAGUGGUCUCAGCAGCGGCGGUGGUUUCAAUGGUCUCUGCGGCGGCGGUGGUUUCAGUGGUCUCUGCGGCGGUGGUUUCAAUGGUCUCUGCAGCGGCGGUGGUUUCAGUGGUCUCUGCGGCGGCAGUGGUUUCAGUGGUCUCUGCGGCGGCGGUGGUUUCAGUGGUCUCAGCAGCGGCGGUGGUUUCAGUGGUCUCAGCAGCGGCGGUGGUUUCAAUGGUCUCUGCGGCGGCGGUGGUUUCAGUGGUUUCGAUGUGGUCUCUCGCGGCGGCGGUGGUUUCAGUGGUCUCUGCGGCGGUGGUUUCGAUGGUCUCUGCGGCGGCGGUGGUUUCAGUGGUCUCUGCGGCGGUGGUUUCAAUGGUCUCUGCGGCGGUGGUUUCGAUGGUCUCUGCAGCGGCGGUGGUUUCAGUGGUCUCUGCGGCGGUGGUUUCGAUGGUCUCUGCGGCGGCGGUGGUUUCAGUGGUCUCUGCGGCGGUGGUUUCAAUGGUCUCUGCGGCGGUGGUUUCGAUGGUCUCUGCAGCGGCGGUGGUUUCAGUGGUCUCUGCGGCGGUGGUUUCGAUGGUCUCUGCGGCGGCGGGUGGUUUCAGUGGUCUCUGCGGCGGUGGUUUCGAUGGUCUCUGCGGCGGCGGUGGUUUCAGUGGUCUCUGCGGCGGUGGUUUCAAUGGUCUCUGCGGCGGUGGUUUCGAUGGUCUCAGCAGCGGCGGUGGUUUCAAUGGUCUCUGCGGCGGCGGUGGUUUCAGUGGUCUCUGCAGCGGCGGUGGUUUCAGUGGUCUCAGCAGCGGCGGUGGUUUCAAUGGUCUCUGCGGCGGCGGUGGUUUCAGUGGUCUCUGCAGCGGCGGUGGUUUCAGUGGUCUCUGCGGCGGUGGUUUCAGUGGUCUCUGCGGCGGUGGUUUCAGUGGUCUCUGCAGCGGCGGUGGUUUCAGUGGUCUCUGCGGCGGUCGUUUCGAUGGUCUCUGCGGCGGCGGUGGUUUCAAUGGUCUCUCAGCGGCGGUGGUUUCAAUGGUCUCUGCAGCGGCGGUGGUUUCAAUGGUCUCUGCGGCGGCGGUGGUUUCAAUGGUCUCUGCAGCGGCGGUGGUUUCAAUGGUCUCUGCAGCGGCGGUGGUUUCGAUGGUCUCAGCAGCGGCGGUGGUUUUAAUGGUCUCUGCAGCUGCGGUGGUUUCAGUGGUCUCUGCGGCGGUCGUUUCGAUGGUCUCUGCGGCUGUGGUUUCAGUGGUCUCUGCGGCGGUGGUUUCGAUGGUCUCUGCAGCGGCGGUGGUUUCAAUGGUCUCUGCUGCGUCGGUGGUUUCAGUGGUCUCUGCAGCGGCGGUGGUUUCAAUGGUCUCUGCAGCGGCGGUGGUUUCAGUGGUCUCAGCAGCGGCGGUGGUUUCGAUGGUCUCUUCUGCGGCGGUGGUUUCGAUGGUCUCUUCUGCGGCGGUGGUUUCAAUGGUCUCAGCAGCGGCGGUGGUUUCAGUGGUCUCAGCAGCGGCGGUGGUUUCAGUGGUCUCAGCAGCGGCGGUGGUUUUAAUGGUCUCUGCAGCUGCGGUGGUUUCGAUGGUCUCUGCGGCGGCGGUGGUUUCGAUGGUCUCAGCAGCGGCGGUGGUUUCAGUGGUCUCUGCGGCGGUGGUUUCAGUGGUCUCUGCAGCGGCGGUGGUUUCAGUGGUCUCUGCGGCGGUGGUUUCAGUGGUCUCUGCGGCGGCGGUGGUUUCAGUGGUCUCUGCAGCGGCGGUGGUUUCAGUGGUCUCAGCAGCGGCGGUGGUUUCAGUGGUCUCUGCGGCGGUGGUUUCAGUGGUCUCUGCGGCGGCGGUGGUUUCAGUGGUCUCUGCGGCGGCGGUGGUUUCACUGGUCUCUGCGGCGGCGGUGGUUUCAGUGGUCUCUGCGGCGGUGGUUUCAGUGGUCUCUGCGGCGGUGGUUUCAGUGGUCUCUGCGGCGGCGGUGGUUUCAGUGGUCUCUGCAGCGGCGGUGGUUUCAGUGGUCUCUGCGGCGGCGGUGGUUUCGAUGGUCUCUGCGGCGGCGGUGGUUUCAGUGGUCUCUGCGGCGGUGGUUUCAGUGGUCUCUGCGGCGGCGGUGGUUUCAGUGGUCUCUACGGCGGCGGUGGUUUCAGUGGUCUCUGCGGCGGUGGUUUCAGUGGUCUCUGCGGCAGUGGGUUCAGUGGUCUCUGCGGCGGUGGUGGUUUCAGUGGUCUCUGCGGCGGCGGUGGUUUCAGUGGUCUCUGCGGCGGCGGUGGUUUCAAUGGUCUCAGCAGCGGCGAUGGUUUCAGUGGUCUCUGCAGCGGCGGUGGUUUCAGUGGUCUCUGCGGCGGCGGUGGUUUCAGUGGUCUCUGCGGCGGUGGUUUCAGUGGUCUCUGCGGCGGCGGUGGUUUCAAUGGUCUCAGCAGCGGCGGUGGUUUCAAUGGUCUCUGCGGCGGCGGUGGUUUCAAUGGUCUCUGCAGCGGCGGUGGUUUCAGUGGUCUCUGCAGCGGCGGUGGUUUCAGUGGUCUCUGCGGCGGCGGUGGUUUCAGUGGUCUCUGCGGCGGCGGUGGUUUCAGUGGUCUCUGCGGCUGUGGUUUCAGUGGUCUCUGCGGCGGCGGUGGUUUCAAUGGUCUCAGCAGCGGCGGUGGUUUCAAUGGUCUCUGCUGCGGCGGUGGUUUCAAUGGUCUCUGCAGCGGCGGUGGUUUCAGUGGUCUCUGCAGCGGCGGUGGUUUCAGUGGUCUCUGCGGCGGCGGUGGUUUCAGUGGUCUCUGCAGCGGCGGUGGUUUCAGUGGUCUCUGCGGCGGCGGUGGUUUCAGUGGUCUCUGCAGCGGCGGUGGUUUCAGUGGUCUCUGCGGCGGCGGUGGUUUCAAUGGUCUCUGCAGCGGCGGUGGUUUCAGUGGUCUCUGCAGCGGCGGUGGUUUCAGUGGUCUCUGCGGCGGCGGUGGUUUCAGUGGUCUCUGCGGCGGUGGUUUCAGUGGUCUCUGCGGCGGCGGUGGUUUCAAUGGUCUCAGCAGCGGCGGUGGUUUCAAUGGUCUCUGCGGCGGCGGUGGUUUCAAUGGUCUCUGCAGCGGCGGUGGUUUCAGUGGUCUCUGCGGCGGCGGUGGUUUCAGUGGUCUCUGCGGCGGCGGUGGUUUCAGUGGUCUCUGCGGCGGCGGUGGUUUCAGUGGUCUCUGCGGCUGUGGUUUCAGUGGUCUCUGCGGCGGCGGUGGUUUCAAUGGUCUCAGCAGCGGCGGUGGUUUCAAUGGUCUCUGCUGCGGCGGUGGUUUCAAUGGUCUCUGCGGCGGCGGUGGUUUCAGUGGUCUCUGCAGCGGCGGUGGUUUCAGUGGUCUCUGCGGCGGCGGUGGUUUCAGUGGUCUCUGCAGCGGCGGUGGUUUCAGUGGUCUCUGCGGCGGCGGUGGUUUCAGUGGUCUCUGCAGCGGCGGUGGUUUCAGUGGUCUCUGCGGCGGCGGUGGUUUCAAUGGUCUCUGCAGCGGCGGUGGUUUCAGUGGUCUCUGCGGCGGCGCUGUUCUCCCGUCGACAGGUGGGAACGACUUCUUCCAGACCCCCCCACCCACGAGCAGCCAAAGCCCCCCCCCCGCCGUCUCUUUUACCGCGCCGCACCAAUCUGGCCAGACAUAUGCAGCCGCGCAUCUGGCCUCGCCGCUGCGCCCCAGCUCCCAAGAAAUAG